AUGCCGUCCUUCAACCCCCCAUCCGAUGACUUUCCCAGCAUCCUCAAAGGAAAGAGGAUUCUCCUGACCACCGAGUCAUUGGGGCCUGUCAAUGGCGUCAGUCGCACGACAGGCAAACUGAUUGAAUAUCUCCGUCGCAAUGGCGUCGACCUGGCUGUGGUUGCGCCGGACUUUGCCGGUCAACCAUCACCAUCACCAUCAUCACUAUCAUCAUCAUCACAAGCACAAGAACAACAAACCCUUCGUCUUCCCGGGUAUCCCCUCCCCUACAAUCCAGACCUCUCCCUGGUCUAUCCCUUCCAUCUAGUCAACAAUAUCUUCACGCAAACCUUCCAACCGGACCUGAUCUACAUCGCCAGCCCGGCCUCCCUGGGCUUCCAGAUCCUCCUCCAACUGCGCCAACUACACAACCCCCCGCCAACUUUAUUGAACUUCCAAACCGACCUCUCCUCCUACAGCGAGAUCAUCUUCCCCGGAUGCCUCGCCCGCGUUGCUGUCUGGCUCCUCUCCAUAGUGCAGGGCUACCUCUUCACCCACCCAAGCAUCCACACAAUCUUCUACCCCUGCAGCGCCGUUCUCACUUACCUCAAAACCACACAUAUGCCACUUUCCCGAACCUACCGUCUUGGCCGAGGCGUCGACACUACUCUCUUCCACCCCUCCCACCGCUCUCUUUCCCUCCGACAGACCCUAGCUCCCAAUGGCGAAACCAUCCUCCUAACCGUGUGCCGUCUAGCGCCCGAAAAGGGCUUCGAGUUCCUCGCUGACGCCAUUAUCUCCCUCCUCACCAGUACUGCUAAACCACCAGCAUUCAAACUAGUCAUCGUUGGAGGAAACCGUAACCCGGCUGUUACAUCCCGGAUUCAGGCCCUUUUCUCCGCCCCGGCAAUCAAAGACCACGUCGUCUUCCUGGGCUUCUUGACUGGGAUAGAUCUAGCCCGUGCAUACGCCUCUGCGGACCUCUUCCUGCACUGUUCCAUCACGGAAACCUUCGGGCUAGUCGUGCUGGAGGCGAUGGCAAGUGGAUUACCCGUUAUCGCGCGAGAUCAAGGUGGUCCGUCGGAUAUCGUCCGGAACCAGGAAACAGGGUAUUUGGUUCCGCAGACAGAUGUGGCAGUGUUUGCAGGGUUGGUCGGGGAGAUGGUUCGGGAUGAGAGACUCAGGGGAAAGUUGGGGGUUAAGGCGCGGGCAUAUGCGGAAGAGAUGACCUGGGAGAAGAUUAAUCGGCGGGUGGCGGGGAGGAUGGCGGAUGCGGUG